UUCUCCGCCAUCAUUCGGAAGCAACAAAAACUCGCGAGACUUCGAUUGAAAACAGAAGCGUUAUUUUGCUGUUUAUAUAGCAAAGCUAUGGCGAAUUCGGACGUCCAGGGGCUGGUGGCUCGUCUGACCAACCAGGCGUCAGAAAACCAGGCCCGGGUGGGCUGUGCGAAGUGCGGGUACACGGGGCAUCUCACGUUCGAGUGCCGCAACUUUCUACGGGCAAACCCCACGCAGGACAUAGUGCUUGACAUCAGCAGCACCAGUAGUGAAGACAGUGAAGAGGAACUCGGCUCGGAGGCUCUUGCCAAACGCAUGCAGGCGAAAAAGGACGCCGAACCCAAACCCAGCGGCGACAAGAAGAAAAAACACAAGAAACACAAGAAGAAAUCCUCCAAGAGCAAGAAGAGGAGGAAAGAGUCCAGCUCUGAGUCUGAUUCGGAAGCAGAAGAAAGGAGUAAGAAGAGGAAGAAAUCUUCAAAGAAGUCGAAGAAGAAACACAAAAAGAGGAGGCACUCCAGUUCAUCUGACUAGUCAGAUGUUUAAUUUUAGUGAAACAUUAGCCCUACAUACAGUGGUCAUUGACAAUGUUGGAAACUUCUGCACCAGUUUAUCACAGCAGACAGAUGUUUUGGAAUCCUUCAACAGAUCCACAGUUUUUGGUACCUUGUUAAGCUAUGGUAUCAUUCAGAGGGGAGCUUUUUGCUGUACAUGGGACCAUUCAUUGUAAAUGAAGAAUGGGAAAUCUGUAAGCAAUAGCACUCAAGUCAACUUUUUAUAUGUGGCACGUGUACAUGUACCUUGUAAGCUAGCAAUCCAGAGGAGAGCUUUUUACUGUAUGGGACCAAGGACAUUAUUGUAAGAGGCAAUCUAUCAAUGUCAUGUCAUAUAGUUUUAUAACUGCAACUUGUCACUUAAGGCUGUCUUAUGUUGAUAUGUUGUCACAUUUUUUGUGCCUUGUUCAUGUAGCUAAAAACCUAAAUGUUUACUAUGACUGUAACAAAUAUGUGGUAUUCUGUAUCUGUGCUGGUUAUAAUUUUCCUUUAGUAAUAAAGGUACCGGGUAUUUUAGUAUUUUCUCACUGGUCAUCAUCUACGUAUUUACUACAUACAAAAUUUAUAGGCAGCAAGCAGAACAAACACACAGACCAGUACAAAAUCAGACAGUAGCUUUAAUAAGAACACAGACACCUUUUCUCUUCUCUUGGUACAAAACCUGGCACAGCUGCUUUAGAGAAAUCAUGCUAAACUCUAUCAACCAAACUUAAAAUAUCUCAACCCUGGCUAAGGACGUUAACCAUCUACUAGAAGCUAUCCAGACCUCAAACUAAGAAAUUAAAAUAAACGAAGGCACAUCACUUCACUGAGAUUCUAGUUAAAAAGAAUCAAAAUGACACUUGUACCUUAAUUUUCUUCUCAUGUACACAUACAUGUACCUACUUGUUCUACAUGACUAUUACAUGUAGUAUCUACCUGUUUCAAAACCAAAAAGAAACAAAUACAGGUACAUGUAGUUGGAAUUGCUACAGUGUACCAUUCACUGUUAUUCAUAGACUAGUGGCCACAUCCACUAGCUACAUUUCCAUAUCUGUUACAUUUCCGUAACUGUAACAUUUUGUGACAGAGAAGCUUCCUUCCUUAACAAAUAGAAACUUAGUAGCAACAUUCUAUGUUACAAGAAUGUUCUGCCAUAUAACUUAUACAUACACAAGGUCAUACAAAAUCUCUGCAUUGUAACAUAAUCAGAGAUCAAUGCAUAGAACUUUCUGCUAGAAAGAAAGUAAGGAAACUAAACUACAAACCUAACAGUUACUGUAGUAACAAUUCAGCAUCAGAAUAGCAAAAUCCUUCAGAAUGGCAGCAUUGUUGCAUUUACUGUGUUGAUCUAGAAUGUAUCUCAGCAAUUUACACGGAAUCCAACCAGUUAAGACUGAUUUAACCCUCUAACAACCAACACUUGUGCUGUAACUUCAGUAAUAAGUACAGAGUGGGUUAUACAGGAGGGCCCUGGCAAAAAUGAGGUUAACCCAUUAAGUCCUGAUGUGAAGAGAAAUCAUUCUCAUGGCUCAAGUUGUUCCUUAAAAUCUCCAAGCAGAUCAUACAGUGGCAAGGCAGUAUCCAUUGGUCAGAGGAGUGUACAUUAGCACUGUAUACAUAUGAUUGCUUAGAGAUAUAGAUCCUUAUUCUACAUCAAACAUUUCUCAAAUUGUGUCCCAGAACAGGUAUGCAUCCAACCUAACUACAU